AUGGAUAUCUUGUCUAUCUCUGGCCUUUGGCUGCAGCCGCAAUUUGCAUCACUCGCUGCGGCUAUUGCUGCAGCACAGACCGGAUUUGUUGGUGGAGUAAUGCCAGCCCAGGGGGCUCAAGAACAGGCCGAGGUCAAUAAACUCCAAAUGACUUUGAAUACUGCCGGCGACCAGCUUAGGAAUAUUUCCAGAGACCUUGACCAAUCGGUUGUCCAAUGCGGCAAAGCAACACUCGACAAGCUUGAGUUGGCAAUGGCUAAAGUCUACAAGUUAGCCGUUUUCAUUCGCGGAGCUUACGACGACCGCAACCCUGAUACGUUGCAGCGCGAUGACCUUUUAAACCAGAUGGUCAACGCCUUCCAGGAUAUGGAAGACUGCGCCGAGGCUGGCCUGAAGGUCAUUAGCUACCGGCACGCCAUCGUUAUGGAGGUGCAAAACACGAAGAUCCUCCCGGCCCAAGCUGACGUCCAUAUGCUCCUCCAGAAGACUGAGUUAGAACUGCAGAAUACACAGGGUCAGAUCAGAACUUCGCAAGCCAGCGUCGAUACGAUUUCGCGAAGUGCACAAUCCCAAGCGGAAGCUGUCAGUCGGCUUCAAGAUAAGAUUUCGGAUACUGAGAUUGCCAAAGGUUUCAGCGACGUUGGUGGUAUCGGUAAUGCUAUCAAUGGCGGGCCCCUGGAUCCUGCGAAUCUGCAGGGCCAGCUCAAUGACGCUCGUCGAGCCAGGGACGAGGCACAAAACCAGCUCAAUGAAGCACGAAUGAAGCUAUAUGGCUUGCAGAAUGAGCGCAAUGCGCAGGAUAUGCGUCUACGAUUCGUACAGCAGACAGAAGCCCUCGUUCCCACUCUAAGUCUGUUGGCAGAAACGACGGAAAAUGAGUGUAUUACACUGCAGCGUCGAUUUGCGCCACUGAAGGACUCAGCUUCACGGUUCCUUGUGCGGGUACGUGAGAUCCAGGAAGGCGCCAUCGUUACAAAAGCAUUGGCGUAUUCUAAGAAGGACUUUGCUUUGGGGUUGCUCGAAAUCUCCCAGGAUGCUCUCUUGCAUCAGGCGCUUGGGGACGAGGUACGAAUGGUAAGAGAUGAAAUUGCGAACGAAUAUGGCGAGAAGAUUCCAGAAGAUGUAGAACAAGCAUUGGCUGGGAUUGAUGAGAAGAUUGGAACUUUCGCAACGCUGCCGAGCCUGCGUGGUUAA